AUGGACGUGGAUGCGAAAGAGAUCAAUGCGCACGGUGAGUUCCUACGGGAUCCUGCGCAGUGUUCUGAUCAUGAUAACAGUGAUAGCGGCAGUUCCACGGUUAUCAGAGAGGGUUCAGCGCAGAUUGACGUCUUAUCUGCAGUCGAUGCAUUUUACAAUCCAGCGCAGCAGUUCAAUCGGGAUUUGACGAUAAUAGUCCUUCAGCAGUUUGUGGACGACCGGAAAGAAGAAUUGAAAAACAAAUCUUCAAAUGGACAGGCAGGCAGCGAGGAACCCCUUGCGAAACGACCAAAGAAGUUUGAUGUGCGCAAUGUAAAUUUUGCAUUUUGUUAUUCUUUGCGGCAGAUGGGCGGGAGUGUCGUUUGCGUUGCUUUCUGGCAGUGA